GACAGCGGCCUUCCCUCCGGUCGCGCCGAUGCAGUCCCCCGUGGCCCUAACCACCCAGCGCAGAGGGAGCCCGUCGCCCUGCUGGGCGCACCCCAGCCCCGCUCGGUCCCUGGGGCCAGUGUCACGCUGCGGGAAUGCACCGAGGAGGGAGGGGACUCAGUGGCCGACGUGCCCGUCUCCCCUGCCCAGAUGGCCGGCCUGCAGGUGGGGAGGAAGAUCUACUCCAUCAACGAGGACCUGGUGUUCCUGCGGCCCUUCUCGGAGGUGGAGACCAUCCUCAACCAGUCCUUCUGCUCCCGCCGCCCGCUGCGCCUCCUGGUGGCCACCAAGGCCAAAGAGGUCGUCAAAGUCCCCGACCAGCCAGAGUCACUGUGCUUCCAGAUCCGAGGGGCCGCCCCGCCGUACGUCUAUGCCGUUGGCAGAGGCUCAGAGGCCGUGGCCGCGGGGCUCUGUGCUGGUCAGUGCAUCCUGAAGGUCAAUGGCAACAACGUGAUGAACGAUGGGGCCCUUGAGGUCCUGGAGCACUUCCAGGCGUUCCGGAGUCGACGAGAAGAGGCCCUGGGCCUGUACCAGUGGAUCUACCACACCCACGAGGACGCCCAGGAGGCGCGGGCCAGCCAGGAGGCCCCAGGCGAGGACCCCAGCGGCCAGGGGGACCAGGAGGAAGACCAGCCCGAUGCAGCCUUCCCUCUGCUGUCCCUGGGCCCCCAGCUGAGCCUGCGCGAGGACAGCCCCGUGGUCAGCCUGACCGUGGACAACGUGCACCUGGAGCACGGCGUGGUGUACGAGUACAUGAGCACGGCGGGCGUCAAGUGCCACGUGCUGGAGGAGAUCGUGGAGCCCCGAGGCUGCUUCGGCCUCACUGCCAAGAUCCUUGAGGCCUUUGCUGCCGACGACAGUGUCUUCGUGCAGAACUGCGGGCGGCUCAUGGCCCUGAGCAGUGCCAUGGUGACCAUGCUUCACUUUGAGUUCCGCAACACCUGCGACACCAAGCUGGAGCGCAUCGGCCAGAGGAUCGCCUGCUACCGGGAGUUUGCAGCCCAGCUGAAGAGCAGGGUCAGCCCACCCUUCAAACAAGCACCCCUGGAGCCCCAUCCACUGUGUGGCCUGGACUUCUGCCCCACCAAUUGCCACAUCAACCUCAUGGAAGUGUCCUACCCUAAGACCACCCCCUCGGUUGGCAGGUCCUUCAGCAUCCGCUUUGGCCGCAAACCCUCCCUCAUCGGCCUUGACCCGGAGCAAGGCCACCUGAACCCCAUGUCCUACACCCAGCACUGCAUCACCACCAUGGCUGCCCCGUCCUGGAAGUGCCUGCCUGCUGUGGAUGAAGACACCCAAGGCCAGGGUCUUGGUGACAGUGUCUUUGGGCCAGCCAACGGGGCCCUUGGCCAGGAGGACCGGGGCCUGAGCUUCCUGCUCAAGCAGGAGGACCGUGAGAUCCAGGACGCCUACCUGCAGCUCUUCACCAAGCUGGACGUGGCCCUGAAGGAGAUGAAGCAAUACGUCACCCAGAUCAACAGGCUGCUGUCCACCAUCACGGAGCCCACCUCGGGGGGCCCCUGUGACCCGCCGUUGUCUGAGGAGGCCUCCUCCUCCCCGCUGGUCGGCGACGAGAGUGAGAUGGACAGGGCUGACCACGGGGCCAUGAAGAAAGUGUGCUUCAAGGUGUCCGAGGAGGACCAGGAGGACUCAGGCCACGACACCAUGAGCUACCGCGACUCCUACAGCGAGUGUAACAGCAAUCGGGACUCGGUCCUGUCCUACACCAGCGUGAGAAGUAACAGCUCCUACCUGGGCAGCGACGAGAUGGGGUCUGGGGAUGAGCUGCCCUGUGACAUGCGGAUCCCGUCGGACAAGCAGGACAAGCUUCACGGCUGCCUGGAGCAUCUCUUUAACCAGGUGGACUCCAUCAACGCGCUCCUCAAGGGGCCAGUGAUGAGCAGAGCUUUCGAAGAGACCAAGCAUUUCCCCAUGGACCACAGCUUGCAAGAGUUCAAACAGAAAGAAGAGUGUACGAUCCGUGGCCGGAGCUUGAUCCAGAUCAGCAUCCAGGAGGACCCCUGGAACCUCCCCAACUCCAUCAAGACCCUGGUGGACAACAUCCAGAGACACGUGGAAGAUGGGAAGAACCAGCUACUCCUGGCCUUGCUGAAAUGCACAGACACGGAGCUGCAGCUGCGCAGGGACGCCAUCUUCUGCCAGGCCCUGGUGGCUGCCGUGUGCACCUUCUCCGAGCAGCUGCUGGCGGCCCUCAGCUACCGCUACAACAACAACGGCGAGUACGAGGAGAGCAGCCGCGACGCCAGCCGCAAGUGGCUGGAGCAGGUGGCGGCCACGGGCGUCCUGCUGCACUGGCAGUCGCUGCUCUCGCCGGCCACUGUGGUGAGUGAGGAGGGCGGGAGGGCUGGGGACCCCUGCUGCUGGGCCUUUUACCUGGAACGGUCUAAUCUGCCCACGGAUGCCAGCACCACGGCGGUGAAGAUAGACCAGGUGUGCCCAGCCUGCCCUCUCUCCCGCCCAGGAAGCUUGUUAGGGUGCGGGCUCUCGGCUCAGGACUCGGCCAACAGCCCCAGCCAGAACCCUGGCCCAGAAACCCCUGAGGCCCCUGCAGUCCCUCCUCCAGGAAGUCUCCUGGGAUAG